AUGAUCACUCUGUCUGAAGGCCGUUCAAAGUUCAUCUCGAACGAGAAGUUUCAGGAGGUGCUGGAGUGGGUCAAAUCCGCUGGAGUGGACCGUCGCUCCGACCAGGAGAGCACCUCGUGCAUCCUUUUUCACCGGGGCUGGAGAGCGGACAAGUUGUACCUGCUGGAUGGCGCUGACGUGCACUGUCUCUCACACCUCAACAAGUCUGUGCGCAUGAGCGUACUGGAGAAGUCGGAGUGGGAGCGUGACCAGCACCGGCAGAAGCGCGAGCAAAUCAAGGAGCGCAUGAAAGAGAAGGAGAUGCGGUAUGUCCUCACCAAGUACAGUGGCGUCUUCAGUGCCUGCGUGGCCGUACUGGGUGUCGUGUCUGUGUUCGGUUGGAAUUUUAAAAAUUACAAAAAGCAGCAGCGCUCCUAUCAGUUGGCCAUUGCGGCAAGUGCGCUCUCCCAACCGCACAGCAAACGGCCGAUAAAAGACUAUGUGCACCGCGA